AUGGCUACCCGUACGCGUCAGGAGGGCCCGACUGAGGUGACUAUCGCGACGCGUGACUCCUAUGUCGGAUACAAGCAAGACACGAGAGAGCUCAUCCAAUGGAUGAUGAAGACGACCAGAUUCAUUCUCGCGUCACGAGGCGGCACCGACGGCGAUGCGUCGCUCCCGGCCGGAGUGAGUCCGUCCGGAGAAACGAAUGUUGCCGGCUUAGUGGGCAUGGCGAAACUCAUCGCCGAGAAUGGCGCGCCGGUGUCUGGCAGCAUCUUUCGUCGGCUUCUCUCAAUCGUGCGAGCAAGACGAAGCCACUAUGCUGCAUUUACAGACUAUGUGUCAAUGUUCCCUGACGAACACAUGGAGAAGAGCAACAAGAUGCACAGACACUUCAUCGACUCACUCAUCGAAAUCUUCCAAAUUUUGGGUGGCAUGGCUUGGUGGGAUAAACAGAUGGAGGCUAACAACAUAGCGACAAAGCCUACCAACGCGGAAGCUGAACAGAUCGAGGAGAUGAAGGGUGUCGUCUUUAGCAACAAAUUCGCUACUCUGAGUCUCACUCACGGAGAGUCCACCGAGCGCCCCGAUGAUAAGCCCUCAGAAGAAGUCUCCGAGGAAGAUUCUGAAGCUGAAGUGGAGGUUGUAGAAACCAAGUCCGCAAAGAAAAAAUCCAGCAAAGGGAAGAAAGGCAAGAGCAAGAAGGGCAAGCCGGCGCGCAAGACUCCCAAGGCACCAAAGAGACCGAGAGAGGUCAUGGAGGAGACACCUCUCGACAGCUACCGUCUGCUUGAAGAGGAUGAUAGUCUCAUGACGAGUUUCACCAUGGCUGCCUUGGCGUUCAAGGCAGAGUGGUCUCAGACCCGAAACUACAUCCAGGAUCUUUGGCAUGACGUUGCCUACGAAAAGUUCAACAGCGCAAUUGCUGGAGGGGUUUCCAAUGUUGCCCUCGCCAAAAUCAAGAAGACCGAGUUGGAGAUGUUUGCCGACUUCCCCAAACACAACUGCUUCGAAAGCAUCGUUCUUGCACUCAACAGGGGCAACACCGAUCAACUGCAGAAGUUGUCCGAUGAGAAGGCCGCACGCUCGUCCAAGAAGAAAUGCCCCGAUUGUCAAAUUGACGUAAGGGAGCAACUGCUUUUAUACUCUUAUAACGACUUGGUAGACUUCGUCGAAGACUUUCAGAAAAGUCGCAGCUGCCGGCCAACAAAAGCAAUGCGGGCCUGGCUCGGCAAGUGGAACCCAGACUUUGAUCUUAAAUCGGCAACUAAGGAGGAAAGGAUCAAAUGGCGUCGAUCCUUCACGAUCAACUGGCUGUACGAUUUAGUCAACCAGUAUUCCGCAUUGGAGCAUCAGGAGAGAGGCGACAAAUGUUUCUCUGAAGCCGUGGACUGGUCUCCGAGCGGGCCGACCGGACAAUUGCGAAAGCUUCUUGGCCUCACCGAUCUGGCAUGGUUUGUCACCGAUCUUGUCUCUCAGAAGACAGGCACAGAUGCCCGCCGCAAGAUCCCUCCACACAUCGUCUUCCAGUUGCAAUGUAUCAUCGACGCUACCACCGUAUACCGCGGUUGGUCGUUGUGCGUACAUGGAACUCAUCGUUUGGAGGCCCCUGAUCCCGAUUUCUACCCAAUGCGAGAUGUGGAACACUUCCUGGGUCCGGAUCCAAACGCACCCAACGAUAUCCAUCGCUCCCAUCGAGACCAGAAUGAGUCUUACGGGGGGUAUCUUCAGGGUUCCGAUGACUUGAAGGGGGUGACCAAGCAUUACACCAACAUGAUGCCCGAACACUACGAAUACAUCUACCACAUCCUCGACCAAACCACCGACUUCCUCAAAGAGCGCCUAGGCUGGUCUGAUCUAGACUGCGACAAGCCAGGUAUUCCACCACCUCGACUUCCAAGUCCUCAAUCAGAUGGGGUGUGGGAAUUUUCACCGUAUUCAUGCGGCGUUUCUUUGGUCGAAGCACUUCAGGUCGCAUACUGCACUGGCAUGAGGCUACUGGACAUUAUGCCCGAGCCAGUGCUAACGACACACAUUGAGUGCCUCUUGUCUCAACAAGAUCUUUUCAAAGACAAGGGUUACGCUGGGAUACCUGCCAACCGCCUCAUGACGGGGCUAUGGCCACAUGCAGUUUGGCCCAGUCGGUUUAUUCCAGGCCGCAAUUUUCCCGGUGACGUUGAUGGUCAUUUGGCGCUCUUGGAUAUAUGGGAAAAAUAUUGCUACAAACGUGACUAUACAAGUCGCUGGAAAACUCAGCCGAAAUCUACCACUUUGGCCGGAGGUAUACCCUGCGUAUUUCCAGUCAGGGAGAACAUCGACUUCAAAAAGGUAUCACACUUGAUGCUGUACCAAGAGGCAGGUUGGGACCCGAGCAAAAUACCCGACAAUGAGCUCGAGCCCGCGUCGGCCAUUACCUCAAUGCGAUUAAGCCGAACACCAAUCUAUUAUGACGUCUACGGCAAGCGAUGGGAUUUCGAGCAUACGGAACUAGUCCAGCAUGUCAAUCACGAGGGUUGGCGUGAUGACUGGCAAGGAAACGAAAUCCCAGUCAAGCUGGGUUUCACGCGGAUGAUGGAAGCCAUGCACUUGCUCAGACCUGAUUUUGCGGCCAAGACCGCCGGCGAGGAGCUUACGAAGAAGGCCUUCAACAAGUUGGAGACAAUUUUGGAAGACUUGGAAGUUGCCAAGAUGGAUUUGUGGAAUGACAUUUGUGGCCAACGGGGCUACUCUGCCGUAAACUUCCCGAUCCUUAUAUGGUGGCUCCACGUCGUCUUUGUCGGCAUUGAGAAGCAGCUCUUUGAGGAAAAGAGUCCCUCUUUUGACUUUUACUACAAGGGCGCCAAUCGGAAGGAUCUUCUGACAACCAAGCGUCUUAAACUGUCAAAACUCAUCAUGGAAGGGGAAGACAAGCGCCUGAAGGAAAUUGCUGUCGAUCAGUUCAAGUAUCAUUACCAGUUGGCGAGCAACUUCAUGUAUUGGAAAAACUCCAUGGAACAUCCGCUGAGGAUACAGUCUGAAAAAGUGGGCGUCGAAGUGCCCGAGUAUCUCAGGUCUCUUUGCACUGUCAUGUAA